AGUUAUCAGAGAUUGUUAUUGUGGCUGCGGCAGUGAGGUGCUCCUCUCAGUCAGUUACUCUCUCUCGUGUUCCACACUUGCAUCUGAAGCAUAGUCAGUUAAUAGUGCUUCACACUGGUAGUUGAAGCAGUCACUAGUGCUUCACAUUCAUAGUUGAAGCAGUCACUAGUGCUUCACAUUCACAAAUGAAGCAGUCACUAGUGCUUUACAUUCAUAGUUGAAGCACAGUCACUAGUGCUUCACAUUCAUAGUUGAAGCACAGUCACUAGUGCUUCACAUUCACAAAUGAAGCACAGUCACUAGUGCUUCACGCUCGUAGUUGAAACAGUCACUAGUGCUUCACGCUCGUAGUUGAAGCAGUCACUAGUGCUUCACACUCACGGCUGAAGCACAGUCAUUAGUGCUUCACACUCGCAGUUGAAGCACAGUCAUUAGUGCUUCACACUCACAGUUGAAGCACAGUCACUAGUGCUUCACACUCGCAGUUGAAGCACAGUCACUAGUGCUUCACACUCGCAGUUGAAGCACAGUCACUAGUGCUUCACACUCGCAGUUGAAGCACAAUCACCAGUGCAGUUGAAGCACAAUCACCACUCGCAGUUGAAGCACAGUCACUAGUGCUUCACACUCACAGUUGAGGCACAGGAACUUGAUAAGCGUCACUACUGUGGGAGGAAAAAUUGCACUACCAGGGAGCAGCAGUGGCUAACACUAGUUCCAUGUCUCAAGGUGAAUACACAGUUAGCAUCUUUUCCAGUUACCACUAGUGACUAAAGAACCCACUGAAAAAGAGCACGUACUUGUGUAAAUUAUAAGACAAAUGUAUAGAAAAUAAGAAUCAAUUGUUAUGAAUGGUGAAACGGUUACUUACCAAACCACUCUUGAUGGGACGAUAUUACAUGACCGGUAUAUAUUGAGCAGGAGUGUAGCAUCUCAGUGUAGCGCACCAGCUGGUACACUGAUCAAGCUUCUCAGUCAGCCAGAAUUAUAAUGUAACGUGUCUUCCAGAAUCAGCUUCCAUGUUGCUGCCAGAUAUCACCCCCAACUGCUUCCCUGGUCUAACCAGGAAGAAUUCCUUACGAAGUUCCAGUUAUUUACUGGGUCACCACCAUCUGGUCUACACUCCAGGGUCACUGCCAUUACACCAACCAGAAAUGAAGGGAACUGAACCACAGUCACUACACCUACCAGACCCACCUGAAGCAACACCAACAUCAGCACACCUAACAGAGUCAGAUGGAGCAGAGUUAAAAUUACUGCACCUGCUAGUAUCUAAUGGAGCAGAGCUACACUUAUUAAGCCUACCAGACCCUGAUGAAGCAAAGUUGCCAUCAGUACACCUACCAACACCUGAUGAAGCAAAGUUACCAUCAGUACACCUACCAACACCUGAUGAAGCAAAGUUACCAUCAGUACACCUGACAACACCUGUUGAAGGAAAGUUACUAUCAAUACACCUACCAACACCUGAUGAAGCACAAUUACCAUCAAUACCCCUACCAACACCUGAUGAAGAAAAAUUACAAGCACCAGAAUGUGGCAGAACAUUCACAAGACUUUUCCGUAAAUCCUUCAUGAUACAACACAAUAAGCCAAGUAUUAUUUAUUUUCAUUGUGUGUAUAUUUUGGGUGUAUAG